UGCAGUAGCUUCUAGUUCCGUGGUGGACGACGAAUCCUUUACCGCUGUAACUACUGAAGGCAUAAAAUGACUUUAACGUCUUUGUGGAUGUAAAGCCGGUUUUAGUGUGCUGUGUUUGUGGCUCUCGCUUAUAAGAUUCUAAACCAGAUAGCUACGUCGUUUGUGCCAAGUGAACGGUCCUGUAGUUAGCUAGCCAAGGUAAGAAACUUUGACAGUAGCAGCAACACGCUAGCUGUCCUAGCUAAGAUAGCUUAGCUCUUUUUAGUCAGCGGGUUCAUUCGGCUGGUGUGCACGACCGCCGAUAGCGUUUAAACCCUCACAUCAAGAAGGCGAAACGCUCGCUUAGACGUUGAUUGAGUCGGGAGUGCCCGUUCUGAAUCUCCAUGCUAAAUGGCUAAGAAGACCUAUGAUCUGUUGUUCAAGCUCCUACUUAUUGGAGAUUCUGGUGUGGGAAAAACUUGUGUGUUGUUUCGCUUCUCCGAUGACGCUUUUAACACGACGUUUAUUUCGACCAUCGGAAUAGACUUCAAAAUUAAAACAGUUGAACUGCAAGGCAAGAGGAUUAAACUUCAGAUAUGGGAUACUGCUGGCCAGGAGCGCUUUCACACCAUCACAACCUCGUACUACAGAGGAGCUAUGGGGAUCCUGCUGGUCUAUGACAUCACUAACGCCAAAAGCUUCGAGAACAUAAGCAAAUGGUUGCGAAACAUUGAGGAGCAUGCAAAUGAGGAUGUGGAAAGAAUGCUGCUGGGUAACAAGUGUGAUAUGGAGAACAUGCGUGUGGUACCCAAGGCAAGGGGAGAGCAGAUUGCCUCAGAACACAACAUUCGUUUCUUUGAAACCAGUGCAAAAGCGAACAUCAACAUUGAAACUGCAUUCCUCACACUUGCUGAAGACAUAUUGCGAAAGACACCUGGAAAAGAGACAGCUCCUGAAAACGUUGACAUGAACAGGCAGAGUGGCUCUGCAGGGGGGAUGAAGUGCUGCAGUUAGACAGCAAUUUUAAAGCUUCUCUUCGACACCCCUCAUAUCAUGUGUACAUCAUAAGUCUCUUACAGCUAUGUUAAAUGAAGUUCCUAUCAUGCUGGAUUAGACUUUUACCUCUUAUUAUACUUGACCAGUCAUUAUACACAUAAAAGGAAACAGCAAGAAACAAACAAAAAAAAAACAUACUUUUUAUUUCCCUAUUAUUUCUAAAUUAAUAAGAGUAUUUGGUACAUUUAGUGAUACUCUCUUACAACUACACUGUCUAGAAUAAAUUUAGUUAGCUGUUACAAAAAGAUUUAGAGCAGAUGAAUGUGAACUAAACAUGAAAGGGACAUUCCACUAAAUAUACAUUCAUAGUGAACACUAAAUGUGCCUUAAAUACCAUUAUAGAUCGGUGAGAUUAGUGAUAAUGGUGUUGGAGUGUUCUAGUUGUUGAACUGUAAUGAUUUUAUAGCACACCCCCUCAUGAAAUUCAGAAAUCAAACAGUUGUGCCCUUCACCCAGCAGCAGGGAUGUAUUUUUGGCUCUCUUUUGUUUCAAGGUAGAGCCUUUUAAUGGAACACCUAGUACACAUGCAGUACUGUAUCUGUAAGGGAACUGAUUAUUUUGGUUGUCUGUACUGUAGUUUAAUUAAUAAUUUUCAACCCAUUAACAGGUCAUCUUUAUCUAUGUAGACAGCCAAUGUAUGGAAUAACAUCCAAAUACUUCAGAACUUAUUUUUUGUUUGGUUCUUUAAAAGAAAUAAUGUUUUAACUGACAUUCCUUUUGUGGCUAGUUUAAAAGUACUUAUGCACACUUUGAACUUCCCUCAAGGAGUGCAACACAGUAGUGAAUGAGAAGUGAACAAAUGCUGCUCUAUGUAACUUUCCCACUCACUCAGUAUCUGCCGGAGAUCAUGCACUUCUCUGAACUUGGAGUUCUGGCUGCAAAAGUUCAUUCUGGAAACAGGCUAAUGAACAGAGGCAUGCUCUGCUACUACUUUGUUUGGUUUAACUGCUGCUGUUCAGUUGAUGUUUUUUCUUUCUCUUUUCUUUUAAGGAGAUGUUUACGGUAUUUGGUUCAGGAUUUGACAUUUCCAUAACAUUUUUCUGACAGUACCUUUUAACACACAUUUCUUGAGGGGUAAAGGGAAGGUAUAUGUAAGAUUACACUGAACUAUUAUACUAACCAUAGAGCUGUUUCAGACAAAAGGCUUGGCUGAGUGAUUACUCUUGUUAAUUUUACAGUGGAGUGGCUGCAUUUUCUACAUUUUCCUUCUAAUACUCUCCUAAAAAGGCCUUACUAGUAUUCCUUACUUGUUAAGUGGAUUAAUUCAACCACAACGUAACAGUUGGCUCUCUGUCUAAAUGUAAAUAACAGCUUUAUAAUAACUACUUUACUCUUGCCUUUUGCACUUUUCUAAUGGUGGUUUAUGGAUCCUGGUUCUAGUCAGGGUCAGUUGUAGGCUGCUUUGCCAGGAUGGAAGCUGGUGAAACAGAAUCACAUGCCUGAGACUGAGCAGUUGACAAGUCAGUUAAUAACACCUAUACAUUUAAGAGAUUUGGGGGGAGGGGGUUGGCUUUCAUAUUCCCCAAUAGUGGAUAGGCAGCGUCCACCCUUGCUCAUCCUAAAACCAUCUCUGGUUUACAUUUUAAUAACUCUAAAAUCAUAGAAAAACAUACUGCUGAUUGAGAUGUUUCUUGAUUGACUAGUUACCUAGUAGUAUAAUGAGUAAUAAAUAGGCUUCUGCCAAUGAUUAAAAUGGAAUGACGGGAAUUUGUUAGUUUUGUAGUGCAAUAAACUCACUUUUCACAAACAUCUGGCCUGUGUUUCAUGUUGCCAGUCAAGAUUUCCUUGUGAAGCCUGUGCCAGAAAUGAUCAUGUGGCACUUAGCACUAUGCAAAUGAGAUGUCAGUGUAAGGAGCACUUGAACAAUUUGGCUACGAUGUGCAGCAUGUAUUUUAUCAAGCACAGUGGAGAUUGUAAAUGAAUUAAAGGUACUAAGAUUGUCUAAGAGAGAAAUGUGGACUUCCUGGCUACACCCAAAUUAAAAUGUGUAAUACCUAUCUAGCAUUGUUCCAAUACUUCAUCCAUGUGUAUUUGCAGUGUUUUAAGUUUGGUAACAAAGUUGUUUAAUGUUCAAAUUAAAACGCAAUGACAACA